AUGAAGCAUCGGGAAUCAGAACUGAUUACACACGUCGAUUGUUUGUCUAGAGCACCAGCAAAAGACUCGUCGAAUAGAUUCACAUAUUUUCUAGAUGACGAAGUGAAUGCAAUACAAAUAGAAACAGUAAAUACAAUAUCCACCAACAUAGUUACGGCAAUAUCUAUUGCAAAAGAAACCGGAAAUGACCCGGAGCUAGCUGAAUUGAGAACGAAAUUGAUAAAUGGUAAAAUUCAAGAUCCGGAAUACACCAUACAAAGUGAUAUUGUAUUGAAGGGCCAAAGGGUAAUGAUUCCAAAGUCCCUGCGUGGCGAAAUCCUAAAAGAGUUGCACUACACACAUUUGGGAAUCGUGAAAAUGAAACAAAUGGCUCGGCGAUAUUGCUACUGGAAAGGCAUCGAUGCAGAUAUAGAAAACUUAGUAAAAUCGUGCCAUGACUGCGCGAUGGUCCGAAAGGAUCCAGCACAAAUAACCACUCAUAGUUGGGAACAGCCGCAAGAAAAUUUUGAAAGGGUUCACAUGGACUAUGCUGGUCCAUUUCAAAAUCAUUUUUUCGUCGUUCUCAUCGACGCAAAAUCAAAAUGGCCGGAGAUAAGGGUAAUCAAGAAUGCACCCACGUCCGAGAGCACGAUCGAUUUAUUAGAAGAUAUAUUUUCAACACAUGGACUGCCACAAGUGCUAGUCUCCGACAACGCUACAAUUUUUCAAAGCAAAUCGUUCAGAUUAUUCUGCCAAAGUAACGGCAUCGUUCAAAAAUUUAUCGCACCAGGACACCCAGCUACGAACGGUCUAGCGGAAAGACACAUCCAAACGCUGAAGAACAAACUCGAAGCAAUGCAGCACGUUAACAUACCAAUGCGCAAGAAGGUCCAAGAAAUUGUAAGCCGUUAUCGAAUCACACCUUUAGAAAAUAACAAAACUCCCGCGGAAAUUUACCUGGGGCGGAAAACUCGAACCAGGUUAGAUGCUAUUAAACCCGUACACUACGGCGAAGCAACGUCGUCACCUAUGGAACAUGGAAAUUCGGCGUAG